CUUAGCGCGCUUUCCUUUUUUUCUCUGUCUUCGAAUUCAAAUUUAUUAUGAUUUUUAGUUUUUUUUUUAUUAAAACCUACACAGAUCUAUCUUCUUCUUUCGCUUCUCUCUUCUACUAAAACCCUAUUCCCCAAUUCUCUAUUUCACUCUCAUUCUUCUCUCCUGCAUCCCCGUCCUUCCAUCCCAUUUUCCCCUUUUCGCGUUUUAGUUCACUGUUUUUCUGUGCCCAUGAACCUGAUUCGGGGUUUUCUCGGAAAGGGUUGGGAGUUGAAAUUGUUGGAUUUGAAUUGGGUUUGAAUUUUUAUGGAGAAUGAACGUGAAUUGGCUUUUUUUGGACCCGAUUCAAAGGUCGAUUCAUUGUGCUUUUGGGUGGACGGGAGUUGAAAUUGUUGGAUUUAAAUUGGGUUUUGAACGCUUAUGGAGAAUCAACGCGAGUCGGCUUUCUCUAGACCCGAUUCAAAGAUUUUGGGCGAGAAGAGAGGCAGUUCAGAACCUGGAGAUAAGCACCAGCAUGGUCCUCGCAAGCGGAUUAAAAUGCGGGAUCUCAAAUCUGUGUGCGGCUCUGAUGGAGUUGAUUCUCAUCAUCCCAAACCUCUGAACAACAAACAAUGUGGAGACGAAUGUAUUUUUGAUGAAGAAGACGAGUCUCAACUUUCCGAAGUCCCUGAAAUGUUUGAAUCAGACGCUUCUCAAGCAGAAAAAGGUGGAAGGAAGACAAUUCUAUUGGUUGGUAAUUCUGCCACUAGUCCUGUGGAUCUCAAUAGAGAAAUGAGCAUUCCCAAAGAUAAGGCUGAUGUCGAUAACGAGGACUGUUUUAAGAAGUCUGAUAAACUAUCGUUGCUCAGGGAGAAUGAAAAGGAACGUGAUACAGGCUUGGUAACUUCAGGAGGCAUUGGGCUGGAUCUUAAUACUGAAGAUGUUUCUAGUUUAAUGAACCAAGAUUCAUUUUUUCCAUACAAAAGUUACAAAAAGAUGAAGCCAAGAGACAUCUCCGAGUGUGGAAGCUCCACUGGCCCAUUGGAAGAAAAUGAAUCACGCAAACAGUGGGAGAAGAUGAAGCAAAAUGGUUAUCUUUCUUCAUCUCAUGGUGGCAUACCGGUUCCAAAGCAACGAGGAAGAAAAAGUAAAAGUGAGAACAACUAUAAGAAAAAGAUGGAGAUUGCAAAGAAGGAGCAGGUUGACAGGUUUACCAAGAUUGCUGCUCCAAGUGGACUGCUCAACGAAUUGAACCCUGGGAUUAUAAACCAUGUGAGGAAUAGAAAACAAGUCCAUGACAUAAUUAAGGCACUUGUAAGAUCCGAGAAACAUGAAAAAGGAAGUCAUACUAAAAGCGGAACUAAAGAAAUUGGUUAUCGAAAAGACCUGGAGAUCACAAAUGAUUCUGCUAUACGGGGCCUUGGUUUGUCUCUUAUAGAUAGGCCGCCAAGCGCUUUCUCUUGGGAAAGGCAAACAAAAGGGUACCCUACUUCUAUUGGUAAAUGCCCUUCAAUUAUGCAAGAAAAAGGUGGAGAAAGUGACCAAACCAUGGAAGAGAGGUUUUCCGAUAAAACUGGUGUAUUGCAAUCUACUGUUGUUAAUGAGGACGAUGAACUAGCACUGAAAUUAUCAUCAUCAACUAAGAUGUCUGAGAACGAGAGCUCCACCUCUAACGAGGAUUCAGCUUCAUGUCUUUCUGUCAAAGCUGCCACUGUUGCUUCUCAGUGGUUGGAUCUUCUACAACAAGACAUUAAAGGACGUCUUUCUGCCUUGCGACGCAGUAAGAAGAGAGUUCGAGCUGUAAUCACUACCGAGUUGCCUUUUUUGCUAUCAAAGGAAUUUUCAUUUGAUCAAGAGAAUAAUCCAUAUGCAAUGAAAAACUCAGCAGAUGGAUUUUCUAAUAGUGCAACUGUCGACAUGCAUCGAGCAAGGUGGAGUAAGCUGUUCGAUCAAAUGGAUAAAGCUCUUUCUGAAGAAGAGAAACACCUGGAAAGUUGGUUGAACCAAGUAAAAGAAAUGCAAGUGCACUGUGACAAAGGUUUACAACACAUUCACUGGAGUACAGCAUUGGGUAUUCAACAGUUGGGAACAUUAGACAGUGAAUUCAGAUCACAGAAAUUGGAUAACUCAGAAAGGGAAUUGGCUGUAAGGGCUGCUGCAGCUUCCAUUUAUUCAACUUGCAACUUCCUCAGCACAGAGAAUAUAUCUUGUUUUUGAUGCCCUUAAUAAUAUAUAUUAUGUUUUUUUUCUUCUUUGGGGGUACUUUCACCAUUCUAAUUGCUAACUAGCCAAAAGUCUAAGUAAGUUUCUCACAUGGAUAAGGCUUCACUGAAACCUAAAUCCUGUCUGUAAAAUUACAUUGACAAUUAUCAUAAUUUCAAAUUUAUUUGCCAGUUUUUUAUGGUUGAAAUGAAUGGUGAAAAGUUUUUACCUUUUUA